CUUUUGUUUUCCUGGCCUUGAUGAUGCCUCGAACGUCGUCGACACGCUCACCCACGGCCUCGAGCAGCUGACGGCAGGCUUCCCCUGGCUCGCUGGACGCUUCGUGGAUCGAUCGCGAGAACAGAUAUGCCACCCUCCGCGAGAGGCAGUUCCCCUUCCACAUGCUGGACGAGUCUCUUCUUGCCCCGCGCCCAACACUCUCCAAUACAGACGAAGAGAGGCUUGUGUUUCUUGUGCAAGCGACGUUUAUCGAGGGAGGGUCGUUACUGACAUUCACGGGGCAGCACGGUGCCAUGGAUAUGACGGGUCAGUCGCAGGUUAUUCGGCUGUUGGCCAAGGCGUGUCGGAGGGAACCUUUUACUCUUGACGAGUUGUCUGUAGGGAAUAUGGAUCGAGGGGGUGGAUAGAAAUUGAGGAAGAGGAGGAAAAAGAGAAGGAAGAGAAGGAGGAAGAGAAGGAGGGAGAUGAAGAACAGCAGACCAUCUGGGCUUACUUUGCUUUCUCCGCUGCCUCCUUGGCAGCCAUCAAAACCCUCGCCACUGCUUCAAUACCCGAAGGUAGCUUCGUCUCGACCGACGACUCAUUGAGCGCGUUCAUCUGGCAGGCCAUCACGCGUGCCAGGAUGCCACGGUGGUCAUCGUCGUCAUCCUUAUCAGUUAUUUCUUCAAAAUUCUCCCGCAACGUCGAUGUCCGUCGUCAUUCUCCCUUUCAGCAACAUACCCCGGUCUCGUCACCACCGCGACAAUCCACACCGCUGCAGUUGACGAGACGAGAUAGUGUCCGAAGAACAUUUUUCUUUGAAUGUUUAUAAGUUCGGACUGGUACCCCCUGUAUCAAACAAACCAAAUCUGUGCCUCAUGAAGCUAUUGUCGUCAGACAAUUGGGUAGUUGGGUAGAGUA